UACCAGCAGCAGCAGCGAAGCUGCCAAGCCCCUGUGCAAUCAUGGACGUCUCACCGUUUGUUGCACUCCUGUUCGUUGCUCUCCUCUCCCUACUCUUCACCACUAGGAAGAGGGGUUGUCCGUCGAGAGGGAAUGGCCGGCGAUUGCCUCCGUCGCCGCUGGGGCUUCCUCUUCUCGGCCACCUGCCCCUUCUUGGCUCCCUACCGCACCGUAAUCUCCAAGCGAUGGCCGCCAAGCACGGCCCGGUCAUGCUCCUGCACCUCGGCCGCGUGCCCACCGUGGUGGCCUCGUCGGCGGCGGCGGCGCAGGAGGUCAUGAAGACCCGCGACCUGGCGUUCGCGAGCCGCCCGAGGGUGCGCAUGGCCGAGCGCCUCUUGUACGGCCGCGACAUGGCCUUCGCCCCCUACGGCGAGCGCUGGCGCCAGUCGCGCCGCGUCGGCGUGCUCCACCUCCUCAGCCACCGCAGCGUCCAGUCCUUCCGCCACGCCCGGGAGCAGGAGGCCGCCGCCAUGGUCGACCGCGUCCGCCGCGGCGCCGACGACGUCGUCAACCUCAACGCCGUCCUCAUCUCGUACACCAACGGCGUCAUCUCCCGCGCCACGUUCGGCAACGGUGGGAGCUACGGGCUCGACGGUGGCGAGAAGCUCGCGAAGGUGUUCGCCGAGUUCGAGGAGCUGCUUGGGACGGUCACCAUGGGGGAGUUCGUGCCGUGGUUGGCGUGGGUGGACACGCUGAUGGGGCUGGACGCCAGGACAGCGCGCAUGUCCGACGAGAUGGACGCCUUGGUCGAGCGGGUCAUCGCCGACCAUCGGCGGAGGCGCCGUGGCGGCCGGCGGGAGGGGGAGGGAGACGAUCGCCGGGAUUUCGUGGACGUGCUGUUGGACGUCAACGAGGCCGAGGAGCACACCGGCGGUGGAGUCCUGUUUGACGACGUAGCCAUCAAGGCCAUGGUCCUGGUCAUGUUCGCCGCCGCCACCGACACGACCUACACCUCGUUGGUAUGGGCCAUGGCGGAGCUCAUCAACCACCCGCACGAGAUGCGCCGUGUCCAAGACGAGGUCCGCGCGGCCGUCGGCGGUGGCGACCACGUCGCCGAAGAUCACCUGGAGAACCUGAGCUACCUGAAGCGCGUGAUCAAGGAGACGCUCCGGCUGCAUGCGCCGUUGCCACUCCUCCUGCCCCAUGAGACGACGGAGGACACCGAGCUGCUCGGCUACCACGUUCCAGCUCGCACCCGUGUCAUCGUGAACGCCUGGGCCAUCGGCCGGGACCCGGCGGCGUGGGAGCGCCCGGAGGAGUUCAUGCCGGAGCGGUUCGCCGCCGACGACAUGAAGGCGGACUACGUGCUUGGGCAGGACUUCAGGUUCGUGCCGUUCGGCGCCGGGAGGAGGGGGUGUCCUGGGGUCGGGUUCGCCGUGCCAUCCAUGGAGCUCGCAUUGGCAAGCCUGCUGUACCACUUCGACUGGGAGCUGCCGGCCGGCGGGCCGUCGAAGCUGGAGAUGGACGAGCUGAAUGGGCUAUCGGUGCGGCUCAAGGCGACGCUGAAUUUGGUUGCCAAGCCAUGGUCUCCCUAAGUGCAUCGCAUCGGCUUACGUUCGGACGAUGCACAAUAAUGUGGUGAUUGAUCGGCAUAUAUGCCCAUUUCGACGGCAGAUGAUUGCUUUCUAGCAUGUAGCUUGCCACUUGCGAAGAGGCCUUGUGCAGAUCAAAAUGCUACAGUACAGAUCUCUUGCUGACUUUUUGUCGGCAUUCCCCCCUGAAGAAGCUGUUCAAUGCUUGCUGUCUAUUGUUCACAGGCCAAAAUGACAACAACAUGAUUACAAGCAGA